AUGCAAUCAAGAUUGUGUUAUAAAUCACUCUCAAAAGCCUUCCUCCAAACCCUUUAUAAUACCUAGAAUUCCUUCCUUCCCAUUCCCUCUCACCUCCCCAUACUGUGCCUGGGUUGUCACUGAUUGAGCUUUUUCUCCGAUGUAAUUGGUACUUGGGGAUGGGGUGGAGCUUGGAGCCUGAGAUGAAAUAGAGUUGAAAGUCACAAAUAGUCUUGUAGAUCUUGAAUAUGAGGUGGGAUAUCAUUAAAGAAUUCCAUGAAAGACUAUGGAAAGCUCUAAGUUUUUAAAAGCUCACACUAACUGCCUUUUGGAGGAUUUAGGGCUGGGGCUAACAGAUGAACAGCAAGAGUGGAUAUGGACAAGUUUAAAAUAGCUAAAUUGAAGGGCACUUGGGUGGCUCAGUCGGUUAAGCAUCCACCUUUGGCUCCUGUCACGAAGUCACGGUUUGUGGGUUUGAGCCCCGCAUCAGGCUCUCUGCUGUCAGCACAGAGCCUAUUAGGGAUCCUCUGUCUCCCUCUCUCUGCCCCUCCCAUGCACAUGCUUACUCUCUCUCAAAAAUAAACAAACAGUUAAAAAAAAUUAGGUAGAUUGAAUUGAGGGGAGCAUAAUGAGGAAGACUGGGGUAAGGUGUCCUAUAAGCUCAGAGGCAGUCAAGUUAAAAGAUACCUAUAAAAACAUUUUGUAAUUUGUAAGUUGUUGCAUAAAUGUAAGGUGAUGAUGCUCUUUGCAUUUUGGGGGAAAUUCAGUUUCUGCAUCUUGUAUGGAAACUCCAGGAGCUUUCAGAAUUGGCUUGACUUACAGUUUGCCAGUGACCACAGGGAGUUUGAUUUGGUGCUCUUGUUAUUUAGUGGCUGUAUAUGCAAUGUUGAUUCUCCCAUAAUUUGUGCAUUAUGCCAUCAUAAAUCAUGAACAGAGUGAAGUGUGUUACCUUUCGUUUGUUCAUGUUUUGUAGAGAUACCUUUUGACCUGGUUUUCCAAGGAUUUGCCCUUCUUUUUUUAAAAGUAUAAAUUUUUGCUUUUGUGUAUGUAUUUCUGUCAGCUUUCCAGGUAAAAUAUGGCUAAAAGCUUACGGAGUAAGUGGAAAAGGAAGAUGCGUGCCGAAAAGAGAAAAAAGAAUGCCCCAAAGGAACUCAGCAGACUUAAAAGUAUUCUUAAAAUAGAUAGUGAUGUUUUAAUGAAAGAUGUUCAAGAGAUAGCAACUGUGGUGGUGCCUAAACAUUGUCCAGAGAAAACUGAAUGUGUGGUACAAGAUGAAAAAGAUGACAUGAAGAUGGAGACUGAUAUUAAGAGAAACAAAAAGAGUCUUCUAGACCAGCAUGGACAGUACCCCAUAUGGAUGAACCAGAGACAAAGGAAAAGGCUGAAGGCAAAGCGAGAAAAAGGGAAGGGGAAAAGCAAAGCAAAAGCAGUAAAGGCAGCAAAGGGUUUGGCCUGGUAGACUCUUUAAAAAUUUGAAAAAUCCUACAUGGGACAGGUCUUCGAUUAGAAUGUAUAUGUGGAUUUCAGCUUUCACCAAAUGAAAACUGUGUUUCCAGAUUUAACUUGGCCUUUCUCUUCAAACCCAACUUAACUCCUCAAAUUUGUUUUGGGAGCUUGAUAAAAUAUUUUCUUUGAUAAAUGAAAGCGACACUGGUAUUUUAAUUGGAUGCUGUCCAAUGUGCAGGGGUUCUCAGACUUCAAAAUUCUAUUAAGUGUUACUGUGGUUGUAAUUGUUUGGUCUCCAUAAAGAUAAAAGAAGAUAUUAUACUGACACAUUUCAGCUAAUUCAGGUUUAAAGAAAACUUACACAACUAAAAAUAUGUCAGUGGAUCUUAUAAGCACUACUUGUUUAGAGUUUUGAUUUUGUUUAAUUCAGAAUAAAAGAUAUUUUGUCUAGA